AUGGCAUCUAGCUUUCCCCCGCCGCCUGUCAACACCAUUGAUUGGGACAACAUAGGCUUCAAAGUAAGAGAAGUCAAUGGUCACAUUGAGUCGACAUAUACUGUACAAACGGGAAAAUGGACGCCUCCGAAAUUCGUUCAAGAUCCAUUCUUGCGCAUUCACGGCAUGGCGCCUGGCCUGAACUAUGGUAUGCAGUGCUAUGAAGGUCUCAAAGCAUAUCGAGGUCCGGGUGAUGACACCAUUGGCAUCUUCAGACCUCACCAGAACGCUGAGCGUAUGCAGCAUUCUGCAUCGUACGUCAGCAUGCCAGAAGUGCCGGUGGAGCUGUUUAAGCAGUCAGUACAUCUUGCUGUCAGUCUGAACGCCGCCUAUGUUCCACCACACCGAACUGGCGCGAGCAUGUACAUCCGACCACUCCUUUUCGGCUCUUGCGCGCAGCUCGGUCUGGAUCCUCCUGAAGAGUACACUUUUGUCGUUUAUGUUAUGCCGACCGGUGUCUACCACGGUGUGCAUCCAGUAGCAGCUCUAAUUCUGGAGGACUUCGACCGAGCGGCGCCUGAAGGCACUGGAAGCGCCAAGGUCGGUGGCAACUAUGCGCCAGUGCUAAGGCACAGUGGUAAGGCGAAGAAAGAAGGCUUCGGUAUCACCCUGCACUUGGACAGCAAGACAAGGACCGAAGUUGAUGAGUUUUCUACUUCCGGAUUCAUUGGAAUUUACGGCACACCUAAAGAAGGCUGCACCAUCGUUGUACCCGACAGCAAGAACGUGAUCAAAUCAGUCACUAGCGACACAAUCUGCCAGAUAGGCAAGAGCUGGGGGUGGAAGGUCGAGUGCCGACCUAUCAAAUACGAGGAAAUUUCUCAGUUCACCGAGAUCGCUGCAGCAGGAACGGCCGCCGCGCUUGUCCCAAUCAAGAGCAUCACGAUGCGCUCGAAGAACGACACAUUCAAGUACCAGGGAGGCGGCGACGAACCAGGACCGGCAGUGGUGAAGCUCUUAUCGCAGCUCAGAGGAAUACAACAAGGCAAAGUCAAGGAUGAAUUUGGAUGGGUUGAGGCUGUUCGCGAGUACAAGGCAAAUGAGUAUAUCUCAGAUGGGUCGACCGAGAGAAAUGGCGUUGCUGGAGUGCCUAAUGAGCUGCCAUGA